AUAUUCAUUUCUCUACGUUGCCAUGGCUAAGCGACUCCUCUUCCCCUCCUCUCUCGUACACUUCGUCGCUCUCCUCUCACUCCUCAACCUCUUCAUUUCCCAUCUCUCUCGCUCCCUCGUACUCGCCGAUUCUCACUUCGAAGGCUUCGACUCAGAAGACGCCGAUCCCGAUACCGAAAUCGAUUCCGAUGCCGAUAUUCUCUACACCGGCUCUCUUCGAUCCCCUCCUCUCACCCACUCUGAUCCCGAACCCACCCAGACCACUCCACCGGAUCCGAUUCCGAAUCCGACUCCGACUCCAAGCUCCCGCUCACCGCCGAGCUUCGAGUACUGGGACGAGGACGAGUUCGAGGGUCUACCGGUUAUCGAGCAAACGCCCCCCGAGACCCCUAUAAUUACAGAGAAUGCCACCCCAUCGGAUCCGAAAUCGAAGCCCUCGCCGUCCCUGAAACCGAAGCCGGGUCCGAGGUCCUACACUGUGGAGAUCGUGUGCGGGACCUUUUUGAUCAUGUUCUUGAUCAACUACUUCACCGGCAAGCGCGAGAACGAGAACCUCGCGCUCGCUUGGGCCGCCAAGUUUGCCACCAAGGACUCGAUCUUCGAGCGGAAUUUCAGCUUGCUCGGAGUCGGCGAAGGCGAGGACUCGCCGUUGCUGCUGAAGGAAGGGCAGACGGUGUUCAAGUUCUACGCGAGUGGGCGUAGGUGCUGCCAGGGAUUGCUGGCCACGAUGGAGCUGAAGAGCCGGCACGAUUUGAUAUCGAAGCUGUACAAUCUAGUGGUGCCGUGCAGGGAUGAGAUCAAUUUCGAGGUGUAUAUGAACGAGGAGGCGAUGGACCAUGUCGUUUUCGCGCUGGCGAGGAAGAAGGCGGCGAAGACGAUGCAAAAGGAGGUAAGGGACUUGCAGAAGUUCGCCGCGAUGGUGGCGGCACCAAGUGGGAGGAAGUGGGUGAGCGAGGAGCUGGCGGUUGUCUCAGAGUCGAAGGAGGUGGCCGGGGAUUUGAUCACCGAGGGUGUUCUUGAGCAGGUUUUUGGAGAAAAAGCUUUUGAGAAAUUUGGAAAGUAUUUCAUCUCAAUGCAUUUCUCUGAUCAACACCCGGGCACACACAAGAAGAUGCUCUUGUUCAAGUUUGCCCUCCCAGAUGCCAAUAAAAUGGAUGAGAUGGUUCGAUUGGUGGCUCUUGUACCUUAUUAUAUCGACUUGAUUGGGCGAUACAAACUCAGUUCUCAGGCUCGAUCCAAAACAGAAGGAACCAGAGUAAAGGCUGCUCAAGAGGCAUAUAAAGAACUUCAGAAUGUCAGGCAAGAAGCCUUGCAGAAAAAGAAGGCAGACAGGAAAAAGAUGAUGGAGGAGGCCGAGGCAAAGCUUGACGCGGAGGCUAUUCGCAAGAAGGAAGCAAAAGAGCGUGCUCGUCAGAUGAAGAAGGGAAUGCCAAAAGUAAAGAUGACCCGUGCCCACUAAUUCCUAGAUUUCAAUGGACAAGUAUCUAUAACUCAAAACUCUCCUAUUCCUCUGCUUAAUUUUCUGAUAUUUUACCGAGUUUCCCUUCCAAAAUUUUUGGUUCUGUACCCUUAUCGCCAUGUAUUUCUAGUCCCCCCCGUCAACUCCAGAUAGUUUUGGAUUUUGAAUGUACCAAAAUUCAAUGUUGCAGAAACUAUUCUCAAGCUGCUAUUGGCUUCAUUUUUACUUCUGGGUGUAACUUCCACAGUAGGUUAUGGCAUCACUGACGUUUGUGUCCACCAAUUAUAUCAGUUAUGGACAGCAUUGCUUUUUCAC